AAAUCUCCUCUCCUGUGAGAAAUUUUAAUCUCUUCGUUCUCCUAUUUUCCUUUUUUUCUCAUCAUUUUCCAAAAACUCUCCUUUAUCUAAUCCUUUCGUUCACAUAUUUGAUAUUGGGAAUUCAUUGACAGAGAAUCUUGCUUUUUUAGAUUUAGUUUAUCAACAUUGUUUUGAUCGCGCGAAUUUCCUCGUGAAUUUUAUGUCUUAUGGACUAUCAUCCGGUUCGCACUUCGGACCUUGUAUUCGCGAAACGUUCAAGUCUCCUGCUGUUUCUCAUUCAUUUUCUUCUAUCCCGAUUCUUCGGUUGACUCUUUUAUUUUUCUUCCUUGGAAAUAACUGACAACAAUGGUGACGGAUUAUGGAGAUGAGGGAUUAGUGUCAUGUAAUAUUCAGUUGCUUACUUGAUUCAGGUUCCAAACAGGUUCAGUUUGACUGACUUACGACUCAGGGAGGAAUAUAGGUGGACAUCUUUGCUGAUAAGAGCUCUGAGUUGGGAUAUCGAUUUGGGAGGUGAACAAUGUCUACCCGGAGUGAACAUCAGAUGCUCCCACUGGCCGUGCUGCUCAAGCGUGAGUUAAGCAAUGAGAAGAUUGAGAAACCAGAUAUCUUAUAUGGUCAGGCCAACCAGAGCAAGAAAGGGGAGGAUUUCACAUUAUUGAAGACAGAAUGCCAGAGGGUGCCUGGAGAUGGACUUACAACAUUUUCGGUUUUUGCACUAUUUGAUGGACACAAUGGUUCUGCAGCAGCUAUAUACUCGAAGGAGAAUCUCCUAAACAAUGUUUUGGCUGCUAUUCCCUCAGAUCUUAGUAGAGAAGACUGGCUGGCAACACUACCGAGGGCAUUGGUUGCAGGUUUUGUAAAAACUGACAAAGAUUUUCAAGAGAAAGCACAGAAGUCUGGAACAACUGUCACUUUUGUGAUAAUUGAUGGAUGGGUCAUUACUGUAGCUUCAGUGGGUGAUUCCCGUUGCAUAGUUGAAUCUGCUGAAGGUGUUAUUUAUUCUUUGUCAGCAGAUCAUAGGCUUGAAUGCAAUAAAGAGGAGAGGGAACGUAUUACUGCUAGUGGGGGUGAGGUUGGUCGGCUUAAUACAGGUGGUGGUACUGAGAUUGGCCCUCUGAGAUGUUGGCCAGGUGGCUUGUGUCUUUCAAGAUCUAUUGGUGACUUGGAUGUUGGCGAAUUCAUUGUUCCUAUUCCCUAUGUGAAGCAAGUGAAGCUAUCUACUUCUGGAGGUAGGCUUAUCAUCUCAAGUGAUGGUGUUUGGGAUGCCUUGUCAUCAGAAAUGGCUCUGAAUUGUUGUCAUGGGAUGUCAGCAGAUGUUGCAGCUGAUCAAAUUGUUAAAGAGGCUGUACAAGAAAAGGGGCUCCGGGAUGAUACAACCUGUAUAGUGGUCGAUGUACUACCACCAGAGAAGACAACUCCUACACUACCGCCUAAGAAGCCAGUGAAAGGGGUUUUCAAGGCCAUGUUUCGCAAAAGGACUCCGGAAUCAUCGUCUUAUAUGGAGAAGGGAUAUGUUGAGCCAGAUGUUGUAGAGGAGAUAUAUGAGGAAGGUUCUGCUGUUCUUGCAGAAAGGUUAGAUACAGAAUAUCCACUGUGCAACAUGUUCAAGUUAUUCAUGUGUGCAGUUUGUCAGAUAGAGAUGAAACACGGAGAGGGUAUUUCUGUACACGCUGGUACAUCAAAUCCAAGAAAAGUUCGUCCUUGGGAUGGUCCUUUCCUUUGCUUAAGCUGUCAAUCAAAGAAAGAAGCCAUGGAAGGGAAAAGACCAUCAGGAGAUGGUGUCAAAAUUAGUAGUGGAAGUGACUAGGCAAUCCUCUUCAUCAGCAUUGUCAUGGUUUUACGAUUUCCUUGGUUCUAACAAUUGUUUCAAAGCUAACCAGGGCUCUGAAUUUUGAAGCCUCGUCCCUGAAACUAAUUUUGUUUAUUCUCAAGUGAGGGGAUUGAAGAUUUGUACUCCAUUGUGUCAUCCAAAUUGGGAGCUACUGAGAGUUGUUCAACUAUUCUAAUUCAAGAUACAAUGUCUGGGUUCAAGCUUCAUUUAUUUAAAAAGCUCGUGCAUGAUUUGCAGAAUGAUUCGAUGAGCUCGCCUUAUCUAUUCUGAGGACUUUGAGAGGUUUUGGUGCAUUCACCGAUAUGUUAGAUUUGCCUAAGAUGAUCUACUCCUCAACUUCUUGUUUUCGCUUCCAUUGUAAAUUGGUCCCUUCUAUAAAAUUUCGUAUGAGGAAAGCAGUCUCACUGUGAUAUUCUGACACAAAAUAAUGGGUGAGAAAUUACUUCAGGUGAAAUGUAAAAAACUAAUACAAGAAUGAUAUGGAUCAUAUUGUAUCAGUUUGUUGAUCCUUGCUUAUCAAGUUGGGAAGUAAACCUCCAGAUCAUGGGGAAUAACAUAGUUUAUACAAUAGAAUAAUUUUUUCUACAAUUGAUAA